GACAAUCUCCCCGAUACGCUAGUGUAGCCUACUAAGAAAGACUUCGGCGGCCUGUAUACCACUGCCCGUACCAAGAUCAUGUCGCAGAGCGUUGCAGCUUAUGAUGAAUUCCUCAGGCCCUGCCUGUCUUACUUGUUUCGUCUGCACACAAACUUGGAUCCGAAUGCGAGCCCGGAUCGCGAACGCAUCUGUACAAAAGUGCGAGCUCGCCAAUCCGCAUUGAAAUAACCCUCCACUCCGAAGCAUUCUCUUUCGAGCCACUAUUCGGUCCAGAGAUGGCACCUGCACGCGAUGAUGAGUUUCUGCCAGAAGUUUGGGGCCUCUACUCAAUCGGGACAUUAUGGCUCGUCCUCAGAUUCGCCGUACGACUUCGUACAGACGGGAUAAGAGGGCUGAGGUACGAUGAUGGUCUCGCGUUCAUGGCACUGUUGGCUUGGACGUACACCUGCAUCAUCAUAGAGAUCACAUACCACACGGGAACAAAUACGGACUUUACAGCGGCGGAGGUGGCUGAGUUUGACUCGAAGAAGUUGAAUGAUGUUGUGUUCGGCAGCAAAUUGUUUCUGGGGUCUUGGUACGCCUACCUGGUACUCAUCUUCACGCUCAAAGGAGUUGUGUUGAUACUCUAUCAACGCAUCUUCUUUCAACCGUGGCAGAAAUGGGUUCUACGAAUCACCACUGUUCUCACUGUGUUUGGUUUCGUUGCCUUAACCAUGGCUUUGAGCCUCAGAUGUCUGCCUUUCCGCCAACGGUGGCAGGUCUCACCGCCACCACCCAUCGCGUGUACCGCAUCGCCCAAGAUUCUGAUCACUACAAGCUGCGUCAAUGCCGUUACAGACAUAUUCCUCCUCAGCGUUCCCAUCUCACUACUCUGGAAUCUGAACAAGCCUUUGAGAACUCGGAUUGCCGUGUUUAUUCUUCUUGCAUCUGGUCUCUUUGUGACCGCAGCAUGUAUUAUUCGAGUAUCACUCACGGUCGUGCCUAACAUCUUCGUUCUCAAUAUCGCUCGUUGGGGCGUCCGAGAGUUCUGUGUUGCUAUCAUUGCGGUGAAUUCUGCAAGCCUGCGACCCAUGUUCCGCAGAUCUUUCUGGAGCAUCAAUAAACCCGGACCGGAAGUUCAACAGAGACACAGCAGGUACAUGUUCAAUUCCGCACGACGAGCCCGUAUGCGACUCAGCAGAGCACAUCGCGGCAAUCAAGCGCUCAACUCCACUUCAGCUGGCGCAUCCACGCUGGAAAACUAUGUUCAACGAGAGCUUGGCGAUCACGAGUCUGUAUUUGAGGACCCAGACUAUCAGAUGGUCACCAACAUGCCCUACCACGCUACCGAACAGGUGACACCCGCAGACAUCGAUUUAGAGAAAGGAAACGCAAUCAAGAGUACAACCGUAAGGAAAGAUAGUGCCUUUCCGAAUAUUACACAUUGUGAGAGCGAGAGCGAUCAUGCAAGUUUUGGGGACGCACUCUAAGCAAAGCUCGUAAGUUUCUUAGAGAUGAAUAUAGUAAUGAAGUUCUUAAGAGGAGUCGCAAUAAAGUGUAUUGAUACAUUUUGUGUUUCUUAGGGGCAAAAGGUGGAAGUAAGUAGUUUAGGAUAGACUAUCAUAUGCGAGGCCUGCUAAAGUCCAUAGGAUGAAAUCCGUAAUAAGAACUUUUGGCACUUGGAAGCUCCCUACCGUAAGCAUAGGGUUUUAAGUUAACACAGUCCUAUACUAUCUUGUAAUCUAGGUUGAAUUCAUAGAGGAGCCUGAGUUAUGCCGAGCUCUCCACGUGAGAAACCCUCGCGCCUUCCUUGACUCGGCCUCGAUGGCCGAGCCAGACUUUUCGGAGAAUCGACCUAGACCCAAUCACCACCCUUUCACCACACUGCCAAGUAUGCCAAGCAUGCCAAAGCCGCACAAAGCGCCAUCGAGCCCCAAGAUCACACUCAGGAGCCCGAGCUAGACGUCACAAUAUAAUCGCUCAUCGAC